AUGGAGGGGCCUAGCGAGGCGCUGCUAGAUGCUCAGUCUCAGGUCACCAACCAGCUUAUAGCUUUUCAGUGGAACCUGGAUAUGACUGUGAGUUCCGACAAUUGCAGAUCUCUUAAAUAUCCUUAUGUUGCAGUCAUGCUAAAAGUGGCAGAUCAUUCAGGCCAAGUGAAGAACAAGUCCUUUGAAAUGACAGUUCCACAGUUUCAGAGUUACUACAGACAGUUCAAGGAAAUUGCAGCAAUUAUUGAAACUGUGUGA